UGAGCAGUAAAAUGGCUGAAGGUGGAGGUUUACUGGAUCAGGACCAGUUCAGCUGCCCGGUCUGUCUGGAUCUGCUGACGGAUCCGGUGACUAUUCCCUGUGGACACAGUUUCUGUAUGGGCUGUAUUAAGGGCUGCUGGGAUCAGGAUGAUCAUACUGGUGUCUACAGCUGUCCCCAGUGCAGAGAGACCUUCACUCCAAGGCCUGUUCUGGGCAGAAACAUCAUGCUGGCUGAAGUGGUGGAGAAACUGAAGAAGACAGGAUUCCAAACUGCUCCUCCUGCUCACUGUUAUGCUGGACCUGGAGACGUGGUGUGUGAUUUCUGCACUGGGAGAAAGUGCAAAGCCGUCAAGUCCUGUCUGAUGUGUCUGGCCUCUUACUGCGAAACUCACCUCCAGCCUCACUAUGAAUUUCCUGCGUUAAAGAAGCACAAACUGGUCAAAGCUAUUGGAAACCUGCUGGAGAAGAUCUGCUGUCAUCAUGACAAAAUGCUGGAGGUUUACUGUCGUACUGAUCAGCAGUGUAUCUGUUAUCAGUGUGUGAUGGAUGAACACAGAGGCCAUGAUACAGUGUCAGCUGCAGCAGAAAGGACUGAGAAACAGAAGCAGCUGGGGGCGACACAAAAUAAAUUCCAGCAGAAAAUCCAGGAGAGAGAGAAGGAGCUGCAGGAUGUGAGACAGGCUGUGCAGUCAAUCAAGCAAUCUGCACAGGCAGCAGUGGAGGACAGUGAGAGGAUCUUUACUGAGCUGAUCAGCUUAAUUGAGAGAAGGCGCUCUGAGGUGAAAGAGCUGAUCAGAGAUCAGGAGAAGGCUGCAGUGAGUCGGACUGAAGGACUCCUGGAGCGACUGGAGAAGGAGAUUGCUGAGAUGAGGAGGAGAGACACUGAGCUGGAGCAGUUUUCACACACAGAGGAUCACAUCCAGUUCCUCCAGAGCUGUCAGCCUCUCUGUGCCCUUCCUGGACCUGGAGACUUGCCCAGCAUCACUGUCAGUCCACACUCUUUUGAGGCUGUGAGGAAAUCUGUCUCUGAACUAAAAGAGCAGCUGGAAGAGUUGAUGAACGUUUCUGGAAAAGUGAAAGAAGUCAAUAUUCUAGAGCCCAAGACCAGAGAGGACUUCUUACAAUAUGCCUGUCAGCUCACACUGGACCCCAACACAGCAAAUCAAUGCAUCCGUCUGUCUGAGGGGAACAGAGAGGUGACCCGUGUGGGAGAGAUCCAGUCUUAUCCUGAUCAUCCAGAGAGAUUUGAGUCCUGGCUCCAAGUGCUGUGCAGAGAGGGUCUGUCUGGACGCUGUUACUGGGAGGCUGAGUGGAGUGGGGAUUGGGUUUCUAUAGCAGUGUCAUAUAAAGAGAUAAGCAGGAAAGGGCUGGGUAUUGACUGUGUUCUUGGAUGGAAUAACAAGUCCUGGAGUCUGCGCCGUAAUGCUUUCAGUUACUCUUUCCAGCACAAUGCUGUGAGCACUGAAAUCCCUGUUCCCCCCUCCUCCAGAAUAGGAGUGUACCUGGAUCACAGGGCAGGAACUCUGUCCUUCUACAGUGUCUCUGACACAAUGACCCUCCUGCACAGAGUCCAGACCACAUUCACUCAGCCCCUCUAUCCUGGGUUUAGGGUUGAUGAUGUUGGAUCCUCUGUAAAACUGUGUGAUCUGGGAUGGGGCACCAUCGAGAGCGUCCUGACCAGCUGUCUCACUACCUGGUAUGGGAACUGCAGCGUCUCAGACCGCAAGUCCCUGCAGCGCAUAAUUAAAUAUUUCCUCAGGAAUUUGCACUCUCUGCUCAGCCUGCUCUGCUCAGCCUGGCCUCAGUCCAACACCACACCUCCUGCAGCUGUGGGCAGAACCAGGAAGUCACUCCCACUCUCUCCGUCACGCAGUUUCAGAGAAACGAAACUUAACUCUGUCAGUGUGAGCAGUAAAAUGGCUGAAGGUGGAGGUUUACUGGAUCAGGACCAGUUGAGCUGUCCGAUCUGUCUGGAUCUACUGAAGGAUCCGGUGGCUAUUCCCUGUGGACACAGUUUCUGUAUGGGCUGUAUUAACGGCUACUGGGAUCAAGAUGAUCAUACUGGUGUCUACAGCUGUCCCCAGUGCAGACAGACCUUCACUCCAAGGCCUGUUCUGGGCAGAAACAUCAUGCUGGCUGAAGUGGUGGAGAAACUGAAGAAGACAGGACUCCAAGCUGCUCCUCCUUCUCACUGUUACGCUGGACCUGGAGACGUGGCGUGUGAUGUCUGCACUGGGAGAAAGCGCAAAGCCGUCAAGUCCUGUCUUGCUUGUCUGGCCUCUUACUGCGAAACUCACCUCCAGCCUCACUAUGAAUCUCCUGCCUUUAAAAAGCACAAACUGGUCAAAGCCACUGGAAACCUGCAGGAGAAGAUCUGCUCUCAUCAUGACAAACUGCUGGAGGUUUACUGUCGUACUGAUCAGCAGUGUAUCUGUCUGCUGUGUGUGAUGGAUGAACACAGCGGGCAUAAAACAGUCUCAGCUGCAGCAGAAAGGACUGAGAAACAGAAGCAGCUGGGGGCGACACAGAGAGAAUUCCAGCAGAGAAUCCAGGAGAGAGAGAAGAAGCUGCAGGAUCUGAGACAGACUGUGCAGUCACUCAAGCGCUCGGCAAAGGCAGCAGUGGAGGACAGUGAGAGGAUCUUUACUGAGCUGAUCCGCUCCAUUGAAAGAAGGCGCUCUGAGGUGAAAGAGCUGAUCAGAGAUCAGGAGAAGGCUGAAGUGAGUCGGGCUGAAGGACUCCUGGAGCGACUGGAGCAGGAGAUUGCUGAGCUGAGGAGGAGAGAUGCUGAGCUGGAGCAGUUUUCACACACAGAGGAUCACAUCCAGUUCCUCCAGAGCUGUGAGUCUCUCUGUGCCCCUGUUGGACCUGGAGACUUACCCAGCAUCACUGUCAGUCCACACGUCUCUUUUGAGGCUGUGAGGAAAUCUGUCUCCGAACUGAAAGAGAGACUGGAGGAUGUUUUCACGAUGAAGUUGAUCAAAGUACCUGGAAAAGCGAAAGAAGUCAAUAUUCUAGAGCCCAAGACCAGAGAGGACUUCUUACAAUAUGCCUGUCAGCUCACACUGGACCCCAACACAGCACAUCAACGCCUCCGUCUGUCUGAGGGGAACAGACAGGUGACCCGUGUGGAAGAGAUCCAGUCAUAUCCUGAUCAUCCAGGGAGAUUUGAGGACUUGUUCCAAGUGCUGUGCAGAGAGGGUCUGUCUGGACGCUGUUACUGGGAGGCUGAGUGGAGUGGGGAUAUGGUUUAUAUAGCAGUGUCAUAUAAAGAGAUCAGCAGGAAAGGGCUGGGUUAUGACUGUGCUCUGGGAGGUAAUAACAAGUCCUGGAGUCUGAGCCGCUCUUACGGCCGUUAUUUUUUCUGGCACAAUAAUGAGAGCACUGAAAUCCCUGUUCCCUCCUCCUCCAGAAUAGGAGUGUACCUGGAUCACAGGGCAGGAACUCUGUCCUUCUACAGCGUCUCUGACACAAUGACCCUCCUGCACAGAGUCCAGAUCACAUUCACUCAGCCCCUCUAUCCUGGGUUUUGGGUUUGGAAUGAUGGAUCCUCUGUAAAACUGUGUGAUCUGGGAUGAGGCAGGGAGUGAAUGCGAAGAUCAGCUGACUAUCUUAUUUUAGUUUGCUGUCACGGCCAAGAUUCAGUUCAAGGUGUUUUAUAAUUCUGUCUGCUGUUUCUUUUUGGAUUGAUUAUGUGAUAAUGCUGGGAAAUUUGGAAUUGAUUAAUAAAAAUAAUAAAAUUAAUAAAAAAUAA